AUGAGGACGGCGCUAAUGCAGUGGCCUCCGUACUUGACUGUCGCUUACCGCGCCGACAAGCUGGCAGUGGGCGGGCCUAUGGGUCAAGUACUGGAAGCCCUCACGACCAGCCUGAAUAUGACGUUUGAAGCAAUACUUCCGUCGGAUGGACAGAUGGGAAUCCGGCUCCCAAACGGCUCUUGGACAGGUGCCGUCGGCAACGUCCAGAGAAAGGAGGUGGACAUGACCAUCGUGCCCAUGAUCCAGUCUCACAGCCGCAUGACGGUGGGUGAGUACGGACCUCCCAUCAUGUACGUGCAGUUCGGCAUCCUCUCAGGCAGCGGCGAGAGCACCUCCAACGUCUUCGGAUACAUACUGACCUUCGACUGGAAGGUUUGGGCUCUCCUUGUCAGCGCCAUGCCCGUGCUCGCACUGCUGAUAAGCCUGUCGGAAAUCAUCGUUCACAAGACGCCAUGGAGGAAGAUACCACCGAGAGUGCACGAAUGGGGCUGGGAACUCUUCGGGAACCUGCUCUACGAAAGUUCACCGCGCAGCCCCGCACAGACGUCUGCGCGCGUCGUCCUGACGGCGUGGUUGCUGUCGGUGCUGGUGAUCGCCAACUCGUUCGCCGGACAUCUGAAGUCCAGCAUGGCCAUCAAGAACGAGCCGGCGCAAGUGGACACCAUCCACGACGUAGUAUCCCGGCGCGCCCUCAGGCCGAUCGUCUGGAAAGGAUCGCACUACGAGGCAUUCCUAUCGACUGCCCGCUCUCCGGCGCUGAGUUCGCUGUGGCGCAUGGUGGCGCGCACCAACGGUUCCCAGCUGGGGCGCGACAUGUUCCGCGACGAGCACAUGCGCCAGGUGGUGGAGCGCCGCGCCGUGCUCAUGGUGGACCACAUCUCGCUGCAGUGGCGCACGGCCGCUUUCUGCCGCCGCACCCUGCAGGUGCCCAGCUUCCACUUCGCCCGCGAGCACGUCGACGAAAACCCGCUCUCCUUCCUCAUGUCGCGUGCCAUGCGCAGGGACCUGCGCCGGCGCGUUUACUCAAGGAUUAUGUGGAUGUACGAAAGCGGCCUGGUGAGCAAGUGGAUGGCCGACAGCCUGGGCGACUGGCAACGCUGCGUGCGGCAGGCGGGAGGCCACGCCGCGGGCGACCUCAGCUUCACCGACACCCUGGCCAGCUUCGUGCUCUGGGCGCUGGUCAUGACGGCUGCCGCGGUGGUCUUCCUGGUGGAAAUGCUGCACCCGCGCUCUUCCGCGCAGCGCCCGCAGAAGCAGCCGCCUGAAGGCGCCAGGGUCACUCUUGUCCAGCUGAGGAGGUCGCGGAUUCCGCGCUCUAAACUACCCCCGAGGCGGCUGACUUUUGCCAAGAUGUGA